UGGCGCCGCCGUGCGCAGGCGCAGAGGGGCUGGGCUGGGCCCGGCGUCGCCAUGGGCUCCUGAGGCCCUCAGCGCCCCCGCGCCGGUGCCGGCGCCCGCGGGGCAGCGGGGCAGGGCUCGACCCGACCCCUCCUCACACUACCGGGCUGGGCCGAGCUGAGCCCCGCCCGCCAGGAGGUCUUGGCUCGUGGGUGGCUCUCUAGCAAUUGCAACUGGAACCUCACACCAAAAGGCACCAUGAUAGUGAUGACUGACAUCACUGCAGCCCCCAAGUUGGGCUCAACUGCCACCACUCCAGCUGUGGCUCCCAACUUCUCCUGGAUGCCGGAGGAUGGCAGCCCCACGGCUGUGGAGCAGCCAAUAUUCCUCAUGACCACUGCUGCUCAGGCCAUCUCAGGUUUCUUUGUAUGGACAGCUUUGCUCAUCACCUGCCAUCAGAUCUAUAUGCAUCUUCGCUGCUAUAGCUGCCCAAAUGAACAACGCUACAUUGUUCGGAUCCUCUUCAUUGUGCCCAUUUACGCCUUUGACUCAUGGCUCAGCCUCCUCUUCUUCACCAAUGACCAGUACUAUGUUUACUUUGGCACGGUGCGGGACUGCUAUGAAGCCUUUGUAAUAUACAACUUUCUGAGCCUCUGCUAUGAAUACUUGGGAGGGGAGAGCUCCAUCAUGUCUGAGAUCAGAGGGAAACCAAUUGAAUCCAGCUGUGUGUAUGGAACUUGCUGCCUGUGGGGAAAGACUUAUUCGAUUGGAUUCCUGAGGUUCUGCAAACAGGCUACCCUGCAGUUUUGUGUGGUGAAGCCCCUGAUGGCGAUCAGCACAGUCAUCCUUCAGGCCUUCGGCAAGUACCAGGAUGGUGACUUUGAUGUAACCAGCGGCUACCUCUAUGUGACGAUCAUUUACAACAUCUCUGUCAGCCUGGCACUCUAUGCCCUCUUCCUUUUCUACUUCGCCACACGUGAACUGCUCAGUCCUUAUAGCCCAGUUCUCAAAUUCUUCAUGGUGAAGUCUGUAAUCUUCCUGUCCUUCUGGCAAGGAAUGCUGUUGGCCAUCUUGGAAAAAUGUGGUGCCAUCCCCAAAAUCCACUCUGCCAACGUGUCUGUGGGUGAAGGCACUGUAGCUGCUGGGUAUCAGGACUUCAUCAUCUGCGUGGAGAUGUUCUUUGCAGCCAUCGCCCUGCGCCAUGCCUUCACAUACAAGGUGUAUGUGGACAAGAGACUUGAUGCCCAAGCUGUUCCAUCAUAUGGGCCAUACGGUCGCUGUGCUCCCAUGAAGAGCAUCUCCAGCAGCCUCAAGGAGACCAUGAAUCCCCAUGACAUCGUCCAAGAUGCCAUCCACAACUUCUCCCCAGCCUACCAGCAGUACACCCAGCAGUCAACGCUGGAGCACGGUCCGCCCUGGCGCAACGGCAGCCAGGUUAUCUCGCGCUCCCACAGCUGCUCGGGCGCCCGCGACACCGAGAAGACCCUCCUGCUGAGCUCCGACGACGAGUUCUAGAGGGGACAGCUGCCAGCACAGGCUGUCCUUUUCCUGCUCUCCUCCCUCUUUUCUUUUAAUUUAUUGAAGCAGAACCACGCAGGUCAUAUCAGUUCUAGAGGGUGCAGGUUGCAGAAGUGGGCACUUCCAGUAGCUUUGGUGUAUAUGGACGCAAUGAGCAGCGUGGAGGUGGGGGAACGGCCAGGACUCCAUUCUCCAGCCCAUUCCACGCAGGCAGCAAUCAACUGGAAUUAACUGACACAAAGCUCCUGGAUUUGGGGCUCUGGCUUCCCCCACCUGCCCAGCUUGGUGUUGAAUGCAACUGGCCUGAGCCUGGACUUCUGGCUAAACAUUUUUUUUUUUCCCUUCAUCUGGACAACCUGACUGCUUUAUAUUCCUCUUCCUGAAUGGCUGACAUAGGCACAGUUUUCUUUCCUAGCUCUCUGGUACUAACAUCUCUGUGAUCCUUGGGAAUUGGGAUUAGGAUGCAGUGAUAAGUGUUCCUGAGGAUCAGAUCGGAGAUUGGUCUCUCUAUAACCAUUGCCUUGAGUGCUUAGUAAGGAACAUCUGCCCCCACCCUCCUAAGCACCUGAUUGUGCUGUACUUGAGUGAGCAAGGAGGAAAAGGACAGGAUUUUAGUCCUGUUCCUCUGCUCUCUGUAUCCCAUCCUGUUCUCCAUCAAAGCUGAUGCUUGUUGAAGCUCAGCAGGGAUGGAAUUACUGUCUCACAAGAGUGGUGUUUUCUAAUCACCAGGUGUCAGUUUCCCAUCUCUCCUGUGUUCCUGUGGCAAGAAGCCUCCCUGCAGUGUCUGUCUCCUGCUAGCAAGACUGAAGACUGGCCUUGUUAAUGGUGGAAGUGUGUAGAGCCCUUUCAUUUCCCGUUGUGAAAGGAAGAUCUGUAAACAUGGGAAACAUUUUUCUUGAUGUUUGCUGUCCCCCACUGCUGUAGUUGCUCCUCUUAAAGGUGCGAAUUGGACCAGGCAGCUUCCAGAGCAGGUCCUGGUUGCUUGUAGGUAACUCUCACCAUGCUUGUCAUCACUCACUUUCCCUGCAGGCUGCACAUGUUUUUGCCCUUAGGCUGGAGUAUUCAGGGAGGGAUGUUGCACACUCCUUUGUGUUUUAUUUCCAUAACUAUUUUGGCCCAAACUGGAGCAGACUUGAAACCUGACAUGAUGUGGCUGGUUAGAAUUGUCCCUCAGUAUCCCAGGCAGCAGUUGCUGCACAUUUCACAGGCCUUGCAGCAGCUGCAGUGCUGUCAAAGGUGGAGCCAGCACCCAUGGAAGCAGGAAAAGAAGUUUUCCUUUGAUUUUGGAUUGGUCCAUAAGUAUUUAGUGGAUAAAAAAAUAAUGAUUCCUCUGUAGGUCUGUCUAGGGUCCAGGAAAUGUCUCUUGCUUGCUUAAAAUUGUCGAGGGGAGGAGGGGUGAGCACACUAAGGUGUCACUAACCCUAAGCAGGAAGCAAAAUGGGAGACGUUGGAGCAGGCUGGUGUUUUCUUGGCUGUAGUUUCUCUCUUCCUCUCCCACUUGGUGCCCACUGCCAUCAGCAGACCUGUGCAUUUCCAGAUUUCUUCCCAUUGCUCUACUAGGAGAACUGCAGCCUGGUUACUGCUUGAAGUUUACCUUUCCUCUUGUAUCCUAAUCUAUGUGCUUGCAACUGUGAGCAAAAUGCUCCUCAUUUCCUCAGAAGCAUGUGGUCAUGAGCGGGGGGGAAAUGGGCUUGAAGAGAGUUGGGUUUGUUCCCUGCUGUGAGGGGAAGCUUAAUUAAGGACAGUGUCUCCUUCCAUACUCUUCAUUUUGGGAAGAUGGUGAAGCAGGUGGGAGCAGCAGUGCUGACUCCUGAGAAAGCUGAAGGCAGUCAGUGAAUCCAGCAGCUUCUCUGCUGCUGGGUUUCCCCAAUUGCACACAUCCUGCAAUGCCAUGCAGCUACUGCUGCUCCUAAAUCUGUCGCUGCUUGAAUGGACGUGCACAUGCUCUCAGCCAGGCUUUGUGUGGGCUUGGUGUAAAAACUCCUUUUCCUCACACUGUAAGUUGCCUGGAAAGCAGGGCUGAGGAUUGAGUGGGCUUUCCUUCCAUCUUCCACCGCUUCAAUUAAUAGUCCUGUAGUGUGAGGUAUUUAUGUUAAACACUUCCCGCUCUCUCAGUAAAGUGGGGCGUGGGACAUGAUCCCUUCCUCCCUUUUCCAUGCAUUUAAUCAUAGAAUUUGCAGGCCUUGGUGAUGUCCCAGUGUCACUUAAUAGGUGACUGCCCCCAAGCUUUGUUGUGCUGGGUGGCAGAGAUCUGAAAUCUCUGGGGUUGUCUCGUUGAGCUCGAAGGUGAUGCAGGCUUGGGGAAGCAAUUCUCUUUUUUUUAUAGACAUUAUUCUGAAAUUUAUGCUGCAUAUGUUUGUGCUGUGCAGAGGAUCUGGAUAUUCUCAAAGCUUCCUGUAGCUUGUGGUUUCAAGUCUAACCCUUUUGCACUAGCUGCCUUCGAAGAAGCCUGGUGAAGAACCAGUGCCCGAAUGACAGCCAGCUGCCAUGCGUUAUAAUUUUAUAUACAUAGAGAUUUUUUAACACCACACAAAUGAUCUCUGAGCUUCCUGCUCUCCCUUAUGACAGGCAAGUGCCAGAGCAAGGACUGGCUCUCAAUCUGCUCUGGCUCAGAUAAACAAAUAUCAAAGACCCAGAGCUUGAGACUGAGGAGAUCAAGGCAUCUGUGGUCUUGCAGGUCUGCUCAUGGUAGCCCAGGGCCCCAGCCAAUGUGUUGGUUCUAGGAGUAGGCCCUUGGAGCUGCUCUCCCUCACCUGCUUCCCUUCUCCUUCCUUUUUGUUUACCAUGUAACAUACCCAGGGGACUUUAUUAUUUUUCCAUAUAGGGUAGUUCUUUGUAUAUAAAUGACUGAAAAAAGAAGUAUGAUAAAUAAGACAGAGUCACCUAGUUUUGUACCUAUCGUGUUUAACUGAUGUGAGCUCAGCGACAAGCCGCUCUCUAUUUUGGUCUUUGUGACGUUAUACUCUGCAGAAAUGAGCAAAUAUGAUGACAAAUAAAAUUAUAGAGAUAAUAUAGAUUGUA